GGUUAUGUGAAUGUUUUUAUUUGCAUACGCUUAAUCAUGCAAACCCUCCCUGUUCUGUUUUACAUUUAUACUCUAAACUUUUUCUGCUAGUGAUCAAUUUAAUCCUCCUUUAAUAUACGGUUCUCCAGCGUACUCUAGCUCCAGCAAGUGUCAUCAAUCUAAACUGCCUGUCAGCCUCAUUAAUUUCGCACUGAAAGGAAGUUUCUCUGCUUAUUGAUGAGAAAAUCGUAGCAUGACCAAGUCAUUAAAUUAGCUCGCUUUCAGUUUCCUGCUGCAGUUUCUAAUGAUUUUCUUGUUCAAAAGGAGAAAUUCAAGGGCACCCCAGAAUGAAGCUAUCAAGACAAAGGGAUGUUAUCUGUAACUAACAGCGACUGGCUUGUUUUUCUCUCGUUAGUUCUUGUUUAAUUGCACUCAUGCAGGGGGAUAAUGACUUGCUACUUAAUGAAUACUAUGUCUACGCCAAUAAGGAGGUGGAGCACAACAGAUGUUGCGGAGGUCUCCUGUGGUGUAUCAAGGACAUCUGUGGGAUCAUCUGCGCCAUCCUGACUUGGUGCCUAAUUAUGUAUGCGGAGUUCGUUGUUACCCUUGUUAUUCUCCUGCCAAGUCCAUAUCCUGUGUACAGUUACAUUAAUUUGGUCAUCUUUCAGAUAUUUACUUUUUUAGCCUUUGUCUCCCAUUUAAGGGCUAUGUUUACAGACCCGGGUGCUGUGCCAAAAGGGAACGCAACAAAAGAACUCAUACAACAGAUGGGGUUCCGCGACGGGCAGCUAAUUUAUAAGUGUCCAAAAUGUUGUAGUAUUAAGCCAGAAAGAGCACAUCAUUGCUCUGUGUGUCAAAGGUGUAUAAGAAAAAUGGAUCACCAUUGUCCAUGGGUCAACAAUUGUGUGGGUGAGAACAACCAAAAAUACUUCGUUUUAUUUACGUUCUACAUCGCUGUAAUAUCAAUACAUGCACUGUUUCUGUGUGUGAAUCAAUUUAUAACAUGCGUGCACAGUGAGUGGCGGGAAUGUUCAUCAUAUUCGCCUCCUGCCACUGUUAUCCUUCUUCUGUUCCUAGCGUUUGAGGCAUUGCUCUUCGCCAUAUUCACGGCUGUUAUGCUGGGUACACAGCUCCAAGCUAUCUGGAAUGAUGAAACUGGCAUUGAACAGUUGAAAAAGGAGGAAGCUCGAUGGGUUAAAAAGUCUCGGUGGAAAAGUCUCCAAGCUGUGUUUGGGCGUUUUUCGCUAGCAUGGUUCUCACCAUUCACUAAACCUCAGGCAAAACUGAAGUUGGAAAACUACCUCUACUCAGUAUAAAUGCAAUGCAAUCCUAAAAUUAUUUUUUUAUAACUUGUUUAUUAGCCGUAAGUCUUGGUUGAAAGUAAAAUACCUAGUUUUCAAGAAAAAUUUGAAAGCCUGUAAAGCAACUGAGUGUUACAAAUUGAACUUUUUAGUUAGUAUGUGGAAAUGUAAGAAACACAAUAUUGAUGAAGAAAUGGGUCAGGUAAUGCUAAUCUUACUUGUGUUCCUACCUCAAGAAGUUAUUGUGUGUAGGGGUUGUAAACUCUAUCAGAUGUCUAUCCCGGAGGGAUUUUUUGUAUUGAUUAUUCUGUUUUAUUUUAUCAGCAUCUUUUAUUGAACAUUGAUGUUAAUCAACGCACGCAUGAAAAAAAAGAAGAGUUAUAGAAAUCUAGGAAAAUACUCUUUUUCAGUGAUAUUUGAUUUGUCUGGAACAAAAACUUAUUUACUACAACUAACGUAAGAGACUUUGAUAUUGUCCAUCCAUCAGAUUAGUCAGGUGCACAAUUAUAAAGGAAAGUUAAGAUUUUUUCUCAAAACUAAAAACUUGGUGAGAAUUUAUUCACUCCCAGUUUGGUCGUAGGUCGAUGUCACAAAAUAUUUUUGCCCUGCUUAAUCGAAUUCUUGGUUUUGGACUCCUUUUUUUUGUUAUUUUUUAUUCAUUAUUUUGGGGAGGAGGGGUUAGAUCUUUAGUUGUCAAAUUGGAUAUCUUCUCGAGAGUGGCGCUGUCAAGUAUUAUGCAAAGCAAAAUUGUCACAAAGACUGGGUCAUAAGUAGCAACCUCAGCCUUUGAAAAAACAGUCAAAGAUGGUUAUUGCAUGGGUGCACUUUAGUCACAAAAAAAAAAAAAAAAAAAAAAAAAAAAAAAAAAAAAAAAAAAAAAAAAGCUUUACAAUACAUUUGGAUGCAUUUAAAUCAAAAGGAACCGUAUCCAUUUUGAUGAUCCUUGAAAAUACAUUCAUGACAGGGCUCAUGUCAGAAUAAAUAUGGUUCUUUUUGAUUUAAAUGCGUCCAUUUGUUCUGCCAACGAUUCAUAAUUCUGGUUUUCCAAACAGCAUCUCUCUCUCUCUCCCUCUCUUUUUUGAUUGUUCUCACAGAAGCUAAUGUAUUUUGUAAAUUCAUGUGCAAUCACUAUCUGCUCGUAUUGCUUUGCCACUCAGUGUUGCUCAAAGCAAAGUUUGACCAGGGAUUAAAUCCAGAAAACGGAAAUGGUAAUGAUUUUGCGGAAAAAAGAUUGAAGAUGGUGUGCCAAUGUUGUGUUUCUAAUUUUUAAUGAUUUAGUAGCAGUUGUGACUUUUUCCUAACUGCAUCGAAGCAAUUUAUUGCACCUUUGAUAAAACAACUACUUCCUCAGAAAUGAAUGGGUUUAUUUUUCAUGGGUCAACAAUCUCAUUAUUUUAAGGGCUUUUAAAUUAUUUUGUAUUAUCCAUUUUUUCUGAAAAGGUAUCCUUGUUUAUUUUCUAUAGAGCUUAAGUAUAACUUUUUCCCUGUCUUAAAUUCAGCGAAUACUUCAUUUUUGCACUGUAAAGCUGCAUCCUAGUUUAGCUGUAGCUCUGUGAUAUACAUUUUUAUUUUUAGUCCUCUUUUGAGAGGUCUCAUUAUCAUUCAAGGAAUUUCUCAUUUUCAUCGCUCAAGAAGGAUUAUAUUUCACUGUUCAUGAGUAAUAACUUGCUUAAAUUUUAUUUUAUUUUAUUUUUUUUUGGCACGUUUUAAUUUUUUUUUUAUUUGAGGGUAAAAUCUCAGUCCAAAUUUUAAAUCUCAUACCUUCUUUUCAUCAUUUCUAAUAACUUGAACUAAAGAAAUUGUUAAAACCUAUUUUGUGCGGACAAAUGUUGGUAGAGACUGACGGUUAUUGGAUAUUGUGAAUCAACGAUGUAUUUCCCUCUUUCAUUUCCUCUAAAAGCGCAGAGAAUUUUUUACAAUACUCUGAUAGAAUCCAAACAAUUAAUCUUUGCUGUGAUAUUCCAUGGAUUAUUUAUGCGAUAUUCACAGAAAUUAUCGCAGAAAACGGAACUGUAUCCUCAGUUGACUUAAUGAAAAUUUAUUUUAAAUUUGUUUACACUUAUUUCUACAAUUUAGUCCAAGUAUUGAAUCGUGUGAUUACGAAAAAUUUAUUCUAUCACUUUACUUGGGAAACUCGUAAAGCAAAAACGAAAUAAAAUCAGUGCAAGGUGAUCUGAAUUGUGAACUUUGGUGUAGCUAAUUUAUGUUUUAAGGGUAUCAAUGUGACACAUGUGACAGGAUCACGUCUGGUAAUCUGUUUACGAAUGGAAUUUCUGUCUUAAAUUUGUAAACAACAUACUUAUUGAUAAUACCUCCAAAUUUUCAUCUCUCCUUCUAGUAUUGUAAUUUAGAUAUUCUAAAACUCAAAUGGAAGAAGGUGACAAAACUAGAAA